CUAAAAUGGCCGCAACGCCUAAACUAAAAUAGCUAGCAAAAAAAGGCAUAAGGCAAAAUUGAUCAGAAUGUAAUUAUCUACAAGUUUUGUAGAGGUCAUUUUGUCGAAAAAAAAUAAAUAAGAAAAAGGCCAAUAGGGUCGAACGCACAAGGCUUUCGAGUGUGAUUUUUUGGCUCAAUACUCAGGACACAGUCUCCAAUCAGCCCUGAAAAAAUCAGCCUGCCCUCGCAAAAUUUUUUGAAAAACCCAUAAAUUUCUUGGGCUAUGGAACUAAACCCAAAAAUGUUUUCGAAAUCAUUAUUCAAGCAUAUAAAAGCACUCUUUCAGUUUUUAUUGGUCAAACCAUGUCAAGGGUAACUUUUUAUCCAAUCAAAACUUGUCGGAUUGAAAUAGAACAAACUUUAUUAUCCACGAAAAGUUCUACGCCACUGGCACCAUUUCUGAAAUCUAAUUGUCUUUUACUGAUGGUGGUGGGGAGGGUCAACUUUGGAAAAAUAUCCAGACAAUUCUGAUUGGUCCACGACAUGGAUAUCGGGUCUCUAGAAUAGGCGAUUUGGAUUAGUCGAUGUCAAGUUCAGUGAAAGUCGAGCACCUGGAUCAUGGUGUUGGCGUGGCGGUAAACAAAGACUGUGAUAAUAUAAUAUAGUGAAAGAGGUACACGGCGACUAUUUGUGAUAUGAUAAUAAUUUUAAUUGAGGAAGUUGUUUGGAAAUAAAAAGGCUUUCAAGAUGAUGAACAAAUUCAAAGUAACCGGCCUUGUGGCCGACCUGAUGCCCAACAUCAGGCUCAUUCAGGCUUCAGGACAUUUCAUGUUUAACUAUCACGCUGACGAUUCUGGAUCAGUGUAUUUUCUAAGGCUGGCCUACUCUUGCAUGCAUCUAUUUUUCGUUUUAAUUCAAUUUGGCGCAAUAUUUGGUAAUUUAGUAGUUGAAAAAGAUAAUGUAAAUGAUCUGGCUGCUAAUACAAUAACUAUAUUAUUUUUCACACAUUGCCUGACUAAAUUCGUUUAUUUUGCUUUAAGGUCGAAAUUAUUUUAUAGAACUUUAGGCAUAUGGAACCAAGCAAACAGCCAUCCCAUUUUUGUAGAGUCAAACAACAGAUAUCAUGCCAUAGCUUUGAAAGGAAUGAGAAAUCUUUUAUAUAUUAUUAUGAUUGGGACAAUAUUUUCAGCUACAGCAUGGACUGGGAUAACUUUCGUUGGAGACAGCGUUCACUACAUUAAAGAUCCAGAUAAUGAAAAUGAAACCAUGUCCGAAGAAAUUCCCAGAUUACUAGUAAAAUCUUGGUAUCCUUUCAACGUCAUGUCUGGAAUGCCUUAUUACAUUGCAUUGAUAUUUCAAAUAUACUACGUACUUUUCUCACUACUUCAUGCCAACCUUUUGGAUAGUUUAUUCUGUUCAUGGCUGAUAUUUGCUUGUGAACAAUUGCAGCACUUAAAAGAAAUUAUGAAACCUUUAAUGGAGUUAUCGGCUUCGUUGGAUACGUAUGUUCCAAAGAGUGCUGAUUUGUUUAAAGCACCUGGAAGUGCCUCGUCACAAGACAAUCUUAUAGAAAACGAUUUCAACAAUAUCAAAAACGAAGAGCUUAACCUUAAAGGAGUUUACAGUACAAGACAAGAGCUUGGAAGUUUGAAUUUUAGAAGUGGUGCCUUGCAGACUUUCGGCCAAGGCGGUGGUGGAGUGGGGCCGAAUGGUUUGACUAAAAAACAAGAAGUCAUGGUAAGGUCUGCUAUUAAAUACUGGGUCGAGAGGCAUAAGCAUGUCGUAAGAUUGGUGACAGCUAUUGGGGAUGCUUACGGUGUAGCGCUUCUACUACACAUGUUGACUGCUACGAUUAUGUUGACCCUUUUGGCAUAUGAAGCUACCAAAAUUGAUGGUAUCAACACCUAUGCUGCUACAACUAUAGGAUAUUUGGUCUACUCUUUGGCCCAGGUAUUCCAUUUUUGUAUUUUCGGUAACAGGCUUAUUGAAGAGAGUUCUUCUGUCAUGGAGGCAGCGUACAGUUGUCACUGGUACGAUGGUUCAGAAGAAGCCAAAACUUUCGUCCAGAUCGUGUGUCAGCAAUGCCAAAAAGCUCUGUCGAUUUCUGGUGCUAAGUUUUUCACUAUUUCUUUGGAUCUUUUUGCUUCGGUUCUUGGUGCUGUAGUAACCUACUUCAUGGUGUUGGUACAACUCAAAUAAAUGAUAUUUAUGUUUCUAUUAUAAUUAGCCCAAGAAAUUUAUGGGUUUUUCAAAAAAAAUUGCGAGGACCGGCUGAUUCUUUCAGGACUGAUUGGAGACUGUGUCCUGAGUAUUGAGCCAAAAAAUCACACUCGAAAGCCCUGUGCGUUCGGCCCUAUUGGCCUUUUUUUUAUUAAUUUUUUUUCGACAAAAUGACCUCAACAAAACUUGUAGAUAAUAAUAUUCUGAUCAACUUUGCCUCAUGCCUUUUUUUGGUAGCUAUUUUAGUUUAGGCGUUGCGGCCAUUUUAGUGCUCCAGAAUUCGCAAAAAAUUAAGUAGCAAACCUGCAGAUUAUUGUAACUUUAAUAAAAUUACUGGUAAUGUACUCCAUUACGUUUUCGGUUUCAGUCCAAGAAAUGAUACAUUACAUCACUAAUCCAGUGAAAUUAUUUUCCCGGAGUGAAAGCGUGAUAUCGAAAUGAUGUCUUUUUUGACAAUACUGGGACCUGUUACCUGUUUGAAAAGUGACAAAAUGUUUUUUUUUCUACAAUGGGCCUAGAAAGUAGACUUUGACGAUUAGAUUUGUGCUCGCAAAGUAGACGUUUCCUGAUGACCUCCACUUUGCCGCUUUAGAGCGUCAAACUACGUCAAAAUCCUUCACUUCGUCGCUCUAGAGCGGCAAAGUAGUAAAAGCGCAUGCUUUUACUACUGGUUUCUUUGAACCUGAACUAUUUUUUAUCAAAUGCGAUUGUAAAAAAAAUCAAGUGUGCAUUUGCCAAUAUCAACAUUAUUUUUCGAUCGGCAAAGUACCACUUUGCGCUCUUAAUACACAAAUAGCUAUAAAUUCAAUUUUGCGAAACGCCACAUUUUACCUGCAAAAUGUGUCAAAUCCGCUAUGCAUGCCACAAUGUCCACCAGGUCAAAUAAAAUUUUUCAAAUGCCUAAAAGGCCGUACAAGCGAAAGAAAUAAAGUUACAAUAAAAUAUCAUCAAGCAAAGUAAUAGAGAAUUUUAUUAGGUAUAAUAAUCUGCAGGUUUGCUAUUUAUUUUUUUUGCGAAUUCUGGAGCACUAAAAUGGCCGCAACGCCCAAACUAAAAUAGCUAGCAAAAAAAGGCAUAAGGCAAAAUUGAUCAGAAUGUUAUUAUCUACAAGUUUUGUUGAGGUCAUUUUGUCGAAAAAAAAUAAAUAAGAAAAAGGCCAAUAGGGCCGAACGCACAAGGCUUUCGAGUAUGAUUUUUUGGCUCAAUACUCAGGACACAGUCUCCAAUUAGCCCUGAAAAAAUCAGCCUGCCCUCGCAAAUUUUUUUGCGGUCCAGGUAUAAAUUUCUUGGUCUAAAUAGAGUACAAUGCAAGUUCAGGUGGUAACAUUAAUGAAAUUUCUAGUCGCACUGUAAAAACAGCUACAAAUAAGGAUUAUUUGCAAAUAUUUUUAAUGUUGUUACAACAUUAACUUUUCUUGUUUAUUUAAAAGUCUCUGUUUAAUGCACAAAAAUCGUUAGUUUUGGUUAGUUUGUAACAAAUAUUAUUUAUUGUUGUUACAGAUUUUAUUGUAUAGAAAUAUAUCUACAGGGUGGCUCAAGUUAAACCUCUAUUUUAGUAAUAAUUUUAAAAGAUACACUAUAAACAUUUCACAACGUUUUUUACAGCAUUACCUCUGUGGUUGUGCCAUAGUAAUUUAUAUUUUCAGAACAUUUUUAUGAUAGUCAUGUAAUGACAUAAUUUGUCAUAGUUUUAUAAAACACAUAUAAUAUAAGCAGUCAGGCAUUCAAAGUGUCUUACUUUUUUAGACUUGUAAGUUUUUAUGCUAAGAAGCUUUAUGAGAUCAUAUACAACUUUUUUAUUAGGUGGUAUCUCAGAAAACGAGGUGUUUAUUGAUUUUUUUGUCGUACCAGUUCAUUAAUGCACAAUAGUCAAAUAGGUACCUUAUUGUUGUACCAGCAAAAUUAUCAAUCUAUGGGCGAAUGAAAAUAAUUUGAAGAAAUAAGAACACUGAUAAGACAGAAAACGUUGAAAACACCACCGGCAAUAUGAACUUUCAUUUUGUCCAAGAAAAACCAACUAUUAAACACACUCCGCUCUAUGAGAUUUCGCCUUCAGUACAAAUAUAGACCAAAUAUUCGGAGUUAAAUUAUGGUUAUGAUAUUUUAUUGUUAGAAAUGCUGGAAGGAAGGGUCCAAAAGUAUAUUUGUGAAUUACGUUAACUUAUAGUUUUGUUCUUAGUUUAUGUAUAAGAAUAAUUAUUAUGUGAAAUAAAUAAUUAAUAAAU